CUAAAUUCUCUUACUCAGACACACAGCGUAAGAACAGUUAGUGAAUAUGUGGAUGCUUUCAAUGCCUACUUGGCGAAGGAUCCGAUGUACAUGAACUCUCUCAAUCUCUUUCUCCACAAGCUCACCUAUAAACCGUUUCCUCUCUCUUUCUUUCUCUCUCUCUCUCUCUCUCUCUCAGACACACCGUGAGUGCAGAAAAAAAACUGCAAAUCUCAUCAAGAAUCUCUGAAAAAAUAAUUCUAGCCCAUGUAGGAUCUUUGUAACAAGAACCCAUCUUGUCCUUCCUUCCUCUGAUUAGCUUCCUCAUCACAAUCGAUCUCUGUCUAUGUCGUCGAAUUCAGAGUUGCAUCUAGUCAAAGAAAAUAAAGAAGAUAUCGAAUUCAAGCUCUUGCAGAGAUCCACUUUAGAAUUUACUGCCUUAUCAGAAAGUUCUAAUGAAAAUGGGAUUAUUCCUCUUCAAUGGCGCAAUCAACAAGAAGAAGAAGAUGACAAAGAUGGAAAUAAUGAGACAGAAGAAGAUGGAGAAGAACGCAAGACUGGAGAUUUUUCAAGGCUGAUAUCUUUAGGAGAAGUGAAGGCAACGGAUGAUGAUGAUGACGAUAAUAAUGGAUUCAAAACUCCAACAAGUUUGGAUCACAAAAUCUCAGCGACCAAACAAUGCCCGCCUGCACCAAGAAAACCCAGGCCUGUAAUACCUGCUAAAAGAAAAGCAUCACCAUCAAAUGUACGAAGAAGUCUACAACUUGAUCUAUCUCGAGAAGUGGAGUCUCUAUUUCCUAGGCCUAUUCUUGCAGAUUUGUAUCAGAAGAUGAAGAAAGCUAGAAGAGAAGACGAUGACACCCUCUGAAUUAAUUAACUUGCACAUUCAUUUGGUAAGAUAAUUACAGAUAUACAUAAAUAUGUAAUAAUUAUGCAAUUGGGCAAAUUAAUUUGUUUUAGUUUUAGUUUUAAUUCUUCUUCUUCUUCUUCUUUGAAAUUACGGAUUGAGAUCUUGAUAGGGGUGGGAUUGGUCUAGCUAGGAUCCUAAUGAUCUUCUUGUAAAGUUAAAGUUGCAAAAGAUUAAAGAUUUAGAAAAAAAGGAAGAUGUGGAAGUGGAGUUCUAACUUUACUACUGCAUCUAAUUAAGACUCUUUUGUACUCAA